AUGUCUACAGCCACACUCAUGAGAAUGCGCUCAGCACGGCCUACUGGCCUCCGCUCUGUCCCCGGGCUCUCCAUCCAGGCCCGCACCAAGACCACCAUGCCUUUCAGACUCCCCGAUGCUCGCAAUGAGCCUAACCCUCUCUACACCAAGGGCUCCCCAGAGCGCGCCAAGCUCGAAGAGGCCUUGACCAAGCUCCGCUCCCAGUUGCCCGUGCGGAGUGAGCUCUUCUACGACGGAAAGCUCCAAGCAAGCUCUACCUCCAUCGAUCAGCCCUUACCCGCCGAGCAUGCCACUACCUUCACAAACUACCCCCUCGCAACCGAAGAGCAAACCCGCACAGCCAUUGAGAAGGCUCUCGCGGCAAAGCAGAGCUGGCAAGAUACCCCAUUCGUCGACCGUGCCUCGAUUUUCCUCAAGGCUGCCGAGCUCCUCACUACCAAAUACCGAUACGAAAUCAUUGCAGCCACCAUGCUUGGCCAGGGCAAGAACAUCUGGCAGGGAGAGAUUGAUGCUGCGGCUGAAUUGGCAGACUUCUUCCGCCUGAACUGCAACUGGGCUGCUGAAAUUUUGGAGAAGCAGCCUACUCGUGGCAGCGACGGCAUGUGGAGCCGCAUUGACUACCGUCCCCUUGAGGGCUUCGUUUACGCCAUCUCCCCCUUCAACUUCACAGCCCUCGGUGGAAACCUGAUUGCCGGCCCUGCUAUCAUGGGUAACGUGGUGCUCUGGAAGCCCUCGCCCUCCAACGUCUACGCCAGCACUAUCCUUUACAAGGUCCUCUUGGAGGCUGGUCUGCCUCCCAAUGUCAUCCAGUUCGUGACUGGUGACGCACAGGCUAUCACCGACACUGCCCUCUCCCACCGUGACUUUGCUGGUCUUAACUUCAUCGGUUCUUCUGGCGUCUUCCGUUCCCUGUACGGCCGCAUUGGCCAGGGUGUUGCCGCUAAGACCUACCGCGAGUUCCCUCGCUUCGUUGCCGAGACCAGUGGAAAGAACUUCCACCUCGUUCACCCUACCGCUGAUAUUUCCAGCGCUGUCAACCACACCAUCCGCGGUUCAUUCGAGUACCAGGGCCAGAAGUGCUCUGCUACAUCUCGUCUCUACCUGCCCGAAUCCAAGGCCGAAGAGUUCCUUACCCAAUUGAAGGCUGGUAUCAAGGAGAUCACCAUUGGAAGCCCCGACAAGGAUCUGGAGGCUUACAUGGGUCCCGUGAUCCACCGCGGCUCCUUCGAGAAGAUUAAGUCUAUCAUCGACGCCAGCAACAAGGAUCCCUCCCUUAAGCUGCUUGCCGGUGGUACUUACGAUGAGUCCGUUGGCUACUACGUGCACCCCACCGUGUACCUUGCCGACUCCCCUGACCACGCUCUGUUCAACGAGGAGAUCUUCGGCCCCGUCCUUGCCGUGCACAUCUACAAGGACGCCGACUGGUCCUCUACUCUCAAGUCUGUCGACCAGAACGGCGGUGGCUUUGCCCUGACUGGUGCCGUUUUCGCCAAGGAUCGCGUUGCCAUCCGCGAGGCUGAAGACAAGCUCCGUUACUCUGCUGGUAACUUCUACAUCAACUGCAAGACAACCGCUGCUCUUAUUGGACAGCAGUCCUUCGGUGGUGCCCGUGCUAGUGGCACUAACGACAAGGCUGGUAGCUCCGAUCCCCUCCGCCGCUUCGUCAGCCCUCGCUUGAUUAAGGAAGAGUUCUUCGGUCAAGAAGGAUUCACCUACCCUAGCAACCACUAA